UCCACCUUCUCCUGGGUCAGUUACCCCACCACCCCGAAAUCUCCUCCACCCCACCCCAGGGCGUGUCACUUCCUCCUCUGCAGCCUCCCAGAUCAGUACACAAAGGCCGCGGCUGCUGCAGGAAGGGCAGCUCUGCACGCACCUAUGUGGAAACUAAGGCCCAGAGAGAAAGUCUGACCUGCCAUACAGCCAUAAUCACUGCACCCAAGGUGGGGCUUGAACUCAUCACCCCGAGAUCAAGAGUUGCACGCUCUACUGACUGAACCAGCCAGGCACCCCUGAGGCCAUGGUGGCUUUGUCCAUGCUCCUUGUUUUCCUGCUGGUCCUGAGGAGAGGUGAAAGUGAAUUGGAUGCCAAGGUCUCAUCCCCCGAGAAGGCCACCGAAUGGAGGGAUCCUGACCCAUCCCUGCGGGGGUCCUGCCAGCCUGCCUCCUCCUGCCGGGAAUGCAUCCUCUCACACCCAAGUUGUGCAUGGUGCAAGCAGCUGGUAAAGACGGGCCUGUGGCCUUUGAACCCUGUGUACGUGUAUGUGCAGAAUGGAGCUCUGUGUGUGAUUGUGUGGGCAAAUGGGGCCGGGGGGCGGGGCCGGGGGGCGACGUCGCGCCCGCUGACCCGCGCCCACCGCCCCCCAGGAGAGCCGCAGCAGCUCCGCGCGCGCUUCCUGCGGGCCGAGGGCUACCCCGUGGACCUGUAUUACCUCAUGGACCUGAGCUACUCCAUGAAGGACGACCUGGAGCGCGUGCGCCAGCUCGGGCACGACCUGCUGGUGCGGCUGCAGGAGGUCACCCACUCUGUGCGCAUCGGCUUUGGCUCCUUUGUGGACAAAACGGUGCUGCCCUUCGUGAGCACGGUGCCCUCCAAACUUCGGCACCCCUGCCCCACCCGGCUGGAGCGCUGCCAGCCACCCUUCAGCUUUCACCAUGUGCUGUCCCUGACCGGGGAUGCUAAGGCCUUCGAGCGGGAGGUGGGGCGCCAGAGCGUGUCUGGCAACCUGGACUCCCCCGAAGGUGGCUUCGAUGCCAUUCUGCAGGCUGCGCUCUGCCAGGAGCAGAUUGGCUGGAGAAAUGUGUCCCGGCUGCUGGUGUUCACUUCAGACGACACAUUCCACACAGCUGGGGAUGGGAAGCUGGGUGGCAUUUUCAUGCCCAGCGAUGGGCACUGCCACUUGGACAGCAACGGCCUCUAUAGCCGCAGCCCAGAGUUUGACUACCCCUCUGUGGGUCAGGUAGCCCAGGCCCUGUCCUCAGCAAACAUCCAGCCCAUCUUUGCUGUCACCAGUGCCACGCUGCCUGUCUACCAGGAGCUGAGUAAGCUGAUUCCCAAGUCUGCAGUGGGGGAGCUGAGCGAGGACUCCAGCAACGUGGUGCAGCUCAUUGUGGACGCUUACAACAGCCUGUCAUCCACUGUGACCCUUGAACACUCUCCACUCCCUCCUGGGGUCCACAUCUCAUAUGAAUCUCAGUGUGGGGAUUCUGAGAAGAGGGAGGGUGAGGCUGGGGACCGGGGCCAGUGCAACCACGUCCGAACCAACCAGAUGGUGAAUUUUCUGGUUACUCUCCAAGCUACCCGCUGCCCCUCAGAGCCCCAUCUUCUGAGGCUGCGAGCCCUUGGCUUCUCCGAAGAGCUGAUUGUGGAGUUGCACACACUGUGUGAUUGUAACUGCAGUGACACCCAGCCCCAGGCUCCCCACUGUAGCGAUGGCCAGGGGCUCCUACAAUGUGGGGUAUGCAGCUGUGCCCCCGGCCGCCUGGGUCGACUCUGUGAAUGCUCGGAGGCUGAGUUGUCCUCCCCCGAUCUGGAAUCUGGGUGCCGGGCCCCCAAUGGGACAGGGCCCUUGUGCAGCGGAAAGGGACGGUGUCAUUGUGGACGCUGCAGCUGCAGUGGACAGAGCUCCGGGCCUCUGUGCGACUGUGACGAUGCCGGCUGUGAGCGACACGAGGGCAUCCUCUGUGGAGGCUUUGGCCGCUGCCAAUGUGGAGUGUGUCAGUGUUACGCCAACCGCACGGGCAGAGCUUGUGAGUGCAGUAUGGACACGGACAGCUGUAUCAGUCCCGAUGGAAAGUUCUGCAGCGGGCAGGGACACUGCAAGUGCAACCGCUGCCAGUGCAGGGAUGGCUACUUCGGUGCUCUCUGUGAGCAGUGCCCAGGCUGCCAGACGUCAUGUGAGAGACACAGGGACUGUGCAGAGUGUGGGGCCUUUGGGACUGGUCCCCUGGCCCUCAAUUGCAGUACGGCUUGUGCCUCCGUCAACGUGACUCUGACUUUGGCCCCUAUCCUGGAUGAUGGCUGGUGCAAAGAGAGGACUCUGGACAACCAGCUGUUCUUCUUCCUGGUGGAGGAGGGAGCGAAAGACAAGGUCGUACUGAGAGUGAGACCCCGAGAGAGAGCAGAUCACACCCAGGCCAUUGUGCUGGGCUGCGUGGGGGGCAUCGUGGCAGUGGGACUGGGGCUAGUCCUGGCUUACCGGCUUUCGGUGGAAAUCUACGAUCGCAGAGAAUACAGGCGCUUCGAGAAGGAGCGGCAGCAGCUCAACUGGAAGCAGGACAGCAAUCCUCUCUACAGAAGUGCCAUCACGACCACGGUCAACCCCAGCUUUCAGGAGGCAGGGAGUCCCCUUCUCUGAAGCAAGGGAGGAACAGGGCUCUUCUCUUCUCAGCAGCCUGCUAGGGACUACUGAGGAGUGGUCACCACCUCCUUCACUCUCAGAGUGACACCGGGGGCUGCCUACCCCCGCAACCUUGCUUCCCUACCUCACGGGUGGGGGGUGAGCCCCCGCUCCCCAUGUACAAUAAAGAAUCUUACCUCAGA